AUGUAUAAUUGUCAUCUCUUGGAGCACAACCGCAUCCAUACAGGGGAACAACCAUUUAAGUGUUCCCUCUGCCCAUCGACCUUUCGGCUUAAGGUUCAACUUAAACAUCACCAGAAAACACAUACGGGGAUUCGACCGUUUAAGUGUAGCCAGUGCCCGAAGUCAUAUUUUCAACAGGGUUCUCUAACCAAACACGCCGUGAUCCACGAAGGGAAAUAUCCAUUUAAGUGCACUCUCUGCCCAAAGUCCUUUCAUUACAAGUGUCUACUUAAACUCCACUCUAUGAAACACAAGGAAGAUUUGAAUGAUAGUGAUUAUAUUGGUCAAUUGAAGACUUUCAAAUGCACCUUCUGCCAAAAGUCAUUCAAACGUAAUUGUGAUCUCGUGGAGCACAACCGCAUCCAUACUGGGGAACAACCAUUUAAGUGUUCCCUCUGCCCAUCGACCUUUCGGCUUAAGGUUCAACUUAAACGUCACCAGAAUAAACAUACAGGGAUUCGACCGUUUAAGUGUAGCCACUGCCCGAAGUCAUAUUUUCAACAGGGUUCUCUAACCAAACACGCCGUGAUCCACAAAGGGAAAUAUCCAUUUAAGUGUACUCUCUGCCCAAAGUCCUUUCAUUUUAAGGGUCAACUUCAACUCCACUCUAUGAAACACGUGGGAGAUCGACCGUUUAAAUGUGAUUAUUGCAAAAAGGGCUUUAUGCUAAAGGGCAAUCUUAAGAAACAUAUAAGAACACACACGGGUGAACGACCCUACAAGUGUACUAUCUGCCUUUCAACCUUUUCAGACCCAUCAAAUCUUAUUCAGCACAGGAGGAUUCACACGGAAAAACCACGGUUUAAAUGUGAUUUUUGCGAAAAGGCUUUUUUAUAUAAGGAUCGUCUUCGGAGGCAUGUCCGCACUCACAAUAGGGAACGACCAUUCAAGUGA